AUGGGUUUGAUACCCAUAACUGGCACACAGGGCCAGAUGACUCUGCCCAGCGGAAGCAAGGUGAUGUCGCCCGGCCAGGUCCAGUUGGCCUUCAGCUUCGACGGUGAAAACGAAAAGCACCACCUCCUUUGCAGUAUCUUGCCCGGGGCAACUCGGGACCUGGUCUUGGGCAGCGUAUUUCUCAAAGCCACCAGAACGAUGACGGACUACGCUCACAGAAUCAAGAAAGUGUUCUACCGCCUAGCACAGCCAUCGCUAAACCUUAUUGGCGCUGAACAGGACGUUCUUGGCGGCUACAUCAACGGCAGCGAAUGUCUCGCAGUGCCGGACACAGGGUCCGACGUCAUGGCCAUAUCACUCAAACAUGCCCGAAGGUUGGGCCUAAAGGUCCAUCGAAGAGUGCGCCACCGUACAUUGGUUGAGUUUCUCGACGGGUCACGGGUACGCACAAAGGGUAUCGCUCAAGCAGAAUGGCAAUCCGCCUAUGGCGAAUCACCAAUCCGCUGUGAUUUCCACGUCAUCAAGGGUUUGCCUGUCGAUGCAAUCCUGAACAACACCAUGCUGGACGAGUAUGACGUAUUUAGACAAUACGAGGAGCGUUUCGGAUCGUCAGAGAGCCUCCAAUCCACCACAAGUUACGGCAUCUACGGCAUCUCCCUUGUAGAGGUAUGCGAACAGAAGAUUCGCUGUCUUUCGGACAGCUACUCGGACGACAGUAAGUUCCUCCGUUAA